CCUCACCCCCAAACCCGACGUUGGAGUGUCCAUAUUUUGUCCCCCGCGCGUUGCCUCGCACCCAACCCAGUCAACUUCGAGUUAGGGGCGACGGUGGCUAUGGAUAUUUGUUCGACGCAGUUCGACGUCGCAUCAUCUUGGCGCGAUGGGUGUGGACACUUUUUGUCCACCCACCGUCGCGAGAGGUGGAGUCAUAUGUUGACAAGCCUCGCCCUAGACCUUACGCGACUUAUUCAGAUAGGCUCCAUCGAUUACUCGCUGCUGGUCGGCAUCUUCGACAGGCCCUCCGUCCACGGCAGGCGAACCGCCAUGGGCAAGGCUACCUGGUGGGCUCGCGACUACAGCCACAAGAAGACGUUAGAGAUUGUCGCAGGAGGCAUCGUGGACUACCUCGAGAACGCCACAGAGUUUCGGGAAGGCCGGGUCGUUGGCACAGACAUCAACCGCGCCCUGGUGAAGUCGCCCGGCGUGUACGCGUGUCGUAUGUUGUUCUUCGUCGCCACUGCCAUGCUGGCACCGUGCAGAUGGCCAAUCGAUGAGGACUUUCCCGACAAGGGCGAAUGCAUAUUCGAUUUCGCGCCUGCUCUCCAGAAGUACUUUGCAGGUAGCGACGAAUUUGUGCUCGAGGAGUUUGUCUCAGAGUAUACGUUUUUGCCGAAAGGUUGCGAGCACUUCGAUGCAAAUGGCAAGUCCCUCGAGGCUGCUGCAGCGGGCUUAGUCGCCCACGCUGACGAGAACCUCAGGCAUAAAAACAAGUGCAUCGACUCUGUCCGAGCACCUGACCGUUGCGUGGACAAGUUCACGUAUAAGGGCCAGUCUUAUGUGGGUUGUGUCAAGGGAGCAAACUCGUGCUCAGGGGAAGGAGAUUGUUUGUCAUUUGGGACGCAUUGGUGUUCGUGGCAGGAGGAACUUCCAGACGAUGUCACAUGGGAUGGGCCUUGGAGCUACUGCACGCCUUGCAAGCCGGAUGCUUCUCUUGUGGCGUAACCGUUAUGUUGCCCCCUCCUCUUGUGUGAAUCGCGGUCAAGAUCGCGCACCCCUCAAGUAGUCUCAGACUGCUAGGUUUGUGGGCCAUUUGGUUUGUUGGCCAUCUUAGUUGUUACAUCUGUCCUGCAAGCCAUGACAGGUGUGUUUUCCUGUUUUCCUGUGCUCUUUAGUACCCCAAGCUUCAACUUACGAUUGGGUUGCGGAAUGGGAGCGAGAAGGACGCA